AUGCGCCUCCCUCCGCGAGCGCUCCAGCUGGGCUCUGCGCCUGCUGCUGCUGCUGCUGUUGCUGGGCUCCUCGGAAGGCAGGCAGAGGGCUUUCCGCGGGGCAUCUCCAUCGCAGCCCCGAGGAAGGCAGGCAAGAGGGAAGGAGGCGAGCGCGAUGGCCGGGGAGAACCAGCCGCGGAGCCUGCGGAAGAGCAUCGCGGCGCAGCAGCCGGCCCCUCCGCACCAGCAGCGCCCCCCGCAGCCCCACCAGCAGCCCCCCACGCGGCCCCGCAGCCCCAGCGGAGCCCCAGACGCCCCCGAGAGGGUCACCCUCAAGAAGGAGAUCGGCUUGGUCAGCGCCUGUGCCAUCAUCAUCGGCAAUAUAAUUGGCUCCGGCAUCUUUAUUUCACCCAAAGGAGUACUAGAACACACUGGUUCAGUAGGACUCGCACUGAUAAUUUGGGUGCUUGGAGGAGGCAUUGCCGCACUCGGGUCAUUGUGUUACGCGGAGUUAGGUGUGACCAUCCCUAAAUCAGGUGGAGAUUAUUCCUACGUCUCUGAGGUUUUCGGUGAAUUAGCUGGGUUUUUACUGCUGUGGAGUGCAGUGCUUAUCAUGUACCCCACCAGCCUGGCUGUUAUUGCACUGACUUUUUCCAACUAUGUUCUACAGCCAGUGUUUCCUAACUGUAUCCCACCCUACAAAGCCUCCAGAGUCCUCUCCAUGGUGUGUUUAUCUCUCUUGACCUGGGUGAACAGCACCAGCGUCCGAUGGGCCACGCGCAUCCAGGAUAUUUUCACAGCAGGAAAACUCUUGGCCUUGGGUCUUAUCAUUACUGUGGGUUUCAUACAGAUCUUCAAAGGAAACUAUGAAGAACUUCUGCCAAGCAAUGCUUUCAAUUUUUGGAUGACCCCUUCAGUGGGGCAUUUGGCAUUAGCUUUCCUCCAAGGCUCCUUUGCAUUCAGUGGCUGGAACUUCCUAAAUUAUGUAACGGAAGAAUUAGUUGAUCCUCGCAGGAAUCUACCUCGUGCCAUAUUCAUAUCCAUCCCAUUGGUGACAUUUGUGUACACGUUCACCAAUAUUGCAUAUUUCACUGCCAUGUCACCCCAAGAGCUCUUGUCUUCUAAUGCUGUUGCGGUAACAUUUGGCGAAAAGUUACUAGGAUAUUUUUCCUGGAUUAUGCCUGUCUCUGUGGCUCUGUCGACAUUUGGAGGGAUAAACGGAUACCUUUUUACCUCAUCAAGGUUGUGUUUUUCUGGAGCACGUGAAGGCCAUUUACCCAGUUUGCUGUCUAUGAUUCAUGUCAGACACUGCACCCCUAUUCCAGCCCUCCUUGUCUGUUGUAUGGCUACAGUUGUCAUUAUGCUGGUUGGAGACACCUAUACGUUAAUUAACUAUGUGUCUUUCAUUAACUACCUCUGCUACGGAGUGACAAUCAUAGGCUUGAUUGUACUGCGAUGGAAGAAACCCAAGAUCUUCCGACCUAUCAAGGUUAAUCUUCUGGUCCCAAUCACUUACCUGAUAUUUUGGGCCUUUCUCUUGAUCUUCAGUUUAUAUUCUGAACCAAUAGUCUGUGGAAUUGGACUGAUUAUCAUAUUAACUGGAGUGCCAGUGUUUUUCAUUGGAGUAUACUGGAAAAAUAAACCAAAGUGUGUAAACCGGAUAACAGAAUCCUUGACACAUUGGGGCCAGAAGGUGUGUUUUGUUGUGUAUCCUCAGGGGGGAUCACUAGAAGAGGACGAUCUACCUUUCACUCAUCCGCCCCGCCCAGGAAGUGAAAAGAGCUCGAAGAAAUAAUUAUCUAUUUUACACAUGCAAAGUAGAUUCUGUUGUUUACAUGAUGAUUUUUUUGGAAAAAGAUGAAAAAAAUCUUGAAAAUGUUUUUUUUUUUUUAGAAAUUCAAUAGUAAAACAUAUAAAAUGAAAUGCACCAUUUCGUCAAUUCUAGCGGACAGCUAAUAGCACUUAGCUCAUUUUCCUAAAAAGAAGAAAAAAGAGUUAAAUACAAUAAAAAGAGGUGGUUGCUUUGUUUCUGGCGGAGUGGACUGGCAUUCUGAACUGCAUUCUGCAUUUCAAACUGAACCUCAGAAGUCUACAUUAAAUGCAGCAGUUCUUCCAGGCACUGCUAUAACUCCGUAUUGGGGCUGGAGGGGAAUGCAGUUACUAUUUGGUUGAGAGAAUAAGAAAAAGGCUAUCCCACAGAAUGACUUGACAGUGUUCAAUUUAAUAAAUUGAGGUAAUGAAUGAG